GAAAGGGAUAACGGGGCUGACACGCAGCGCAUGAGCUGGGCAGAAGGAAAGGAGGGAAAAGCCGCAUCCCCGCCCCCGAGGAUUUCCCACCGCCAAGAGGGGGAAACAAGGGAGGAAGCGAGAAUUUUUCUGGGGGAGGGAUCUCGGGGAGAGAGCGGGAGCCCGUGUGACUGUCCCCUGCUGCACACGCGAGUAUUUAUUGUUUUACUAAUCCGUGCCUGGAGUGUCUCAAGGAGCGGGGGACUCCCCGAGGUGGCGAGAGGAGGAGGGUGAGGGGGGAAGACCCCCGGGCGCUGCUCUGAGGAUGCGCCGGGCGGGUCCGAGCAGCCGCGCUCCGCUCCAGCCCUCCGCGGCGAGGAUGCUCCAGGGCCGGGGACGCUGCCCGGGCGUGCUGCUCCUCAGUGUCCAGAGGCGAGGACCCCCCAAAACUCCCUCCUUUCACCUCUCUUUUUUAUUUAUUUUAGGGUUUAUUGCGCUUUUGGCACUGCGGGCGGGUACUGCGGCUCCUGGGGCCGGCGGGGAUGCGCAGGGCGCGGGAGGGAUGCGGAAUUCCGGGCGAGGGCGGUGUUCGAAGGGUGAAUUCCCCUCCCUCCCACGCGUGUGCCCGGACAGUGACAGGGGAGACCCCCACACCGCCUCCCUGCGCGCUCCGGCCGCGUCCCCCAGGCUCUCCUGGCGGUUUGCAGCUUCCAGGACCCACCCGGAGCUCCGCAGCAUCGCGCUGGGUUUUACCCCGGGGAUGAAAAUCCUUCUUCCGACAGGGGAGCGACGCCGGCCGAGAAAACCGCACGGGUGAAGGGGAACCUGCAGGGAAAUCCGGGGAUGGGGAGGUGCAGGCAUCGCCAGGGCCGGGUGGUGCUGGGGACACCCCGGGGCUCGGCUUUUACCUCUUCCCUUGCCAGGUAACAACCCCAGCAGACCCGUGGGAGCUGCGCUGUUGGGAUAUUUCUCUUUGAAGGAGAAAGGAUCCCCCUCAGGCCUCUUCUUCCCUCCCUCGGAGAAAAGACGCUCCACAGGACAGGGGGGCCCGCAGGUCUAAACCCGCGGGGGGACUGGGGACACAGGCGACACCUCCAACGGCAUCGGAAUCCCUCGGGGCCUCGGAUUAAAACUGUUACGUCAGUAAAUUAAAAAAAAAAUUAAAAAAUAUAUAAUAAAUCCGACAACAGAAAACACAGCCCCAAACCUGGACGUUUAUACAGAAAAAGAGCAUCACAAAUUCCUAAUGUAAGCACCGGCCAGCUGUGUGCACUUGUAAAGUUGUUAUAAUCCCCCUCCUUGUUAUAAACAGGAAAGUACAUAAUAUAAAGCAACAGGCCCGCAUUCACAAAUACUGACCCUCCUCCCCCGGCCUGCCAAAUUCCCCGUUUGCUGCAGUCUCCCCCGGCUCAGGGCUGCCCGCUCGGGCUGGGAGCGGGGCUGGACCUGGGGUCGCCCUUCGGCCGCCCCCGGGGCUCCCCUUGCGGUGCAAACCCGGGUCCUGCACCGGGAGGUGCAAAGGACCCCUCCACACCUGAGCCCCCCUUCCCUUUUCCUUCCUGGCGAUCCUCGCAGCUCCGCCUCUUCCCCUCAUCCAUCCUUUUCUCUUCAUUUUUAAAUAUUUUCAAUUUAAUUUUAGUGUUGUUUAAUGCCCCAGUUGUGCUGCGGGGAUCCCUGCGCGCUGCUCCCCGGCUCCAGCAGUGUACAUCCUGCUCUGCUGUGUGUGCUUACAGCGUCAAAGGGUGGACGUGAUAUUUCAAACAUCAGAUCAGUGCGUUUAUAUAUUGGGUGCCCGGAAAUUUUUCCAAAUAAACACAGCUUGAUUCGACUUGGGUGGGCAGACUUAUCAACAGACUAAUUCUAUAAACAAAUGAAGGAAUAACCCGGAGACCAUUGGCUGGUACCAGCGAGACACGUGGAGAGAGCUCGGAGUUUUGUAGCAAUGAAAUUUUAAUUAAUGUGGGUGGGCUGAGAACACAAACGACUGUUUAUCAGAGACAAUUUAUUUUCCAGCGCUAAGUCAACAUAUAAUAGCAAACUUACAACAAUUAUUUAACUUUUUUUUUUUUCCCCCUCCUAUUUUUUUUUUUUUUUUUAAGAGCUAUGAAGCAGGGACAGAGGCAGAGCGAGCUCCUUCAGGCAGGGCUGGGAGCUGAGCUCGCACAAACAGCUCCCCGGUGCACUCGUCCCACGGUGCUGCCCUGCCAGCUCGGCUCAGAGGGGGAAGGCGCGGAGCUGCGAUGAGCCACAUCUACGGCAGCCACCUCUCGGCGCUGGGCAGCCCGUCCAUGGUUUACCUGCCCGCUGCCCUCGGCUUCGCCCCCGGUGGGGCCGUGUCCCGGCAGGACCCCCCGCAGAAACCCCCCUACAGCUACAUCGCCCUCAUCGCCAUGGCCAUCAAAGAAGCUCCGGAGCAGAAGGUGACGCUCAGCGGCAUCUACCAGUUCAUCAUGGACCGCUUCCCCUUCUACCACGACAACAAGCAGGGCUGGCAGAACAGCAUCCGCCACAACCUCUCGCUCAACGACUGCUUCGUCAAGGUGCCCCGCGAGAAGGGGCGGCCCGGCAAGGGCAGCUACUGGACCCUGGACCCGCGGUGCCUGGACAUGUUCGAGAACGGCAACUACCGCCGCAGGAAGAGGAAGCCCAAAGCCGCGGCCCCGCCGGACUCCGAGCCCUCCGCGCAGCCGGGGCCGCCCGCCCGCCCCGUCGAGCCCAAGCGGCCCAAGGGCAGCGCGGCCGCCGCGCCGGGGGACGCGGGGGCGCCGCGGCCGGGCGGGGGGACAGCGGCUUCCCCCGAGGGGCUUCCCCCGCCGCCCCCCGCCGCCGCCCCGCCUCACAAGAGCGGCCCCCGCGGCCGCAGCUUCAGCAUCGAGAGCAUCCUGGCGCAGGGGCUGCGGCCGCCGCCCGCCGGGGCGGCCCCCAAGGCGGCCCGGGAGAGCCCCGCCGGCUGCCUCGGCGGCUCCCUGGUGGCCAGCGGCGGCUUCGGGCCGGCCCUCAAUGCCUCGCUCAUGCUCGACUCCCAGGUGCACGGGAGGCUUUACCACAUCGGCAUCCCCUUCCUCUCCUGCUUCCCCCUGCACUUCUCCGAGGCCGUGUUUAAUUUCCAGUAGCUGCCCCACCAUUAACGCGCCCCCUCGGCCCCGAGCGCUGCUCCGGGGGGCGCGAUGGGAGGGAGAGAUCGGACUCAGACCUCUCCACGCGGGUAAAGACCUAAAAAAAACCCCCAAAAAACCCCAAAGCGAUGUUUUCAAGGUGACUCAGGAUUUCAGGGCAUUUUCAAGGCGCGUCUUGCUGCGGACUCUCUUUAGCGGCUUUGGAAGGUAACGCGGUUUUGUUUCCCCGUGGGCGGCGCAGGCAGAGGCAGCACCGGGGGAUGCCCACGCUGCCCCCCAGCCCCGUGGGCUUUGCUCUGCACCUCUUUGCAUCCCUCAGGUUCCUCAGGCCAGGUUUCUCUCGAGUCCUUCAGGUCGCUGUUUCCUUCUUUUGUUUUUCCUUUUGAAAACCAAGCCCCAUCCCGGGGGGAGGAGGCCGAGUUUUGUUUUAUUUUGCCAUCAAUACCCACAGGAAUUCAUAAUGCCCAUAGCUUUGCCAUGAAUACCCACAGGCACGUAAUAAUUCCUGAUAUUCCCCACUGGCCCAGUCCUCUCAGUGGGUAACUGGAGCUGAGUUCAUCCUGAAUAUUCCUGCUUGCUUGGAUCCAGCACGGUGUGGAACUGGUGCUUUGGAGUAUCCUCACAGAGUUUCUGCUCAUGGAUGUGGCCAAAAAGAGGGGGAUGGAUGAGCAAACACAGAGAUUUCUCCACUUUCCGUGUCUUACUGGGAUCGGUUGCUUCUGACCUAAAAAAAACCUGAGGCAGGGUUGUGGAGGCCAGGACAAAUACCAGGAAAAAAAAAAAAAAAAAGAGACAUCGGCUGUGUUUCUAAAGUUUUCUUUUUUUUAAAGAAGGAAGAAUCCCGACACAUUGCGAGAAAUCAGGAAUAUUUUGUAUUUUUGUUUGCCAUAAAUAGAGGCUUUUUUGUAUAUUAGUGGAUGAAUGCCCUUUUGGAGAAAAAAUAUUAUAUUCUCAAUUUUCAUUAUGAAAUCAAACCUAUAUCCAAUAAAGGUAUUUUUGUUCAGGAGUGUGGCUGGUGUGAUGUGAAACACCCCUUGGCGUGUGCUGGAGGAUGGAGGAGUGGGGCCUGCUGCUGGAUGCAGCAAAAAUCCUGGUGCUGCAUCCACAAAAAGAUGGGAGAGGCUGCAAACAGGCUCCUGGGAAAUGACCUGUUCCUUCAAACUUUUCCUUGAAACCUUUCCCAAAAUGAUUAUUCCUCCUUCUCUUCCCCUUCUUUCACCCCACCCUGUCUCAAAAGCAAAGCUUGCUCUUAAAUGAGCACCUGGAUAUUGGAAAUGUGGGGUUUGCAGGUGAGCUUUAAUUCGCUUUUUGCAGAGCAAGGUUGGCAUCAAUUCCUUGAUGUUUGGA